CGUGCCCCAUCAAGUGGCGCUGCACUCAGCUGGGGGGAACCCGAGAGCAUCCCUCCAUCCCACCCAGCGUAUCCCUCCCUUUCCUUUUUGUCCCCUCUCUCUUGUUUCUUAUUCUGUCACCCCAUCAUAUGCCACAGCUUUAGGGUGGUGGAGGUCUCAUCUAGUCAGGGACCGGGGGGGGAGGGAGGCUGUGUCGGAGGAUGCUGCGGGAGUAGAGCGGCUCAGAGCGGAAGAUGGGGAAGGACCAGGAACUGCUGCAGGCGGUGAAGACCGAGGACCUGCUCACCGUGCAGAAGCUGCUGCAAAGGCCCCGACCAGGGAAAGCAAAGCUCCUCGGGUCUGCCAAGAAAGUGAAUGUCAACUUCCAGGAUACAGAUGGGUUUUCUCCACUGCAUCACGCAUCCCUCAAUGGGAACCUGGAGCUCAUCUCUCUGCUGCUGGAGUCGCAGGCUGCUGUCGACAUUAGAGACCAGAAAGGCAUGCGGCCACUGCACUAUGCAGCCUGGCAGGGGAAGGCGGAGCCCAUGAAGAUGCUGCUGAAAUCCGGUUCGUCUGUCAACGGCCAAUCAGAUGAAGGACAGAUUCCUCUCCACCUGUCAGCACAGCACGGCCAUUACGACGUGUCUGAGAUGCUGCUGCAGCACCAAUCCAACCCAUGUAUUGUGGAUAACGCAGGGAAAACACCUCUGGACCUGGCCUGUGAGUUUGGCAGAGUUGGGGUGGUCCAGUUGUUGCUUUCCAGUAACAUGUGUGCUGCUUUGCUGGAGCCCAAAAAAGGAGAUACCACUGACCCGAACGGGACAUCUCCUCUCCACCUGGCAGCCAAGAAUGGACACAUAGAUAUCAUCAGACUGUUGAUCCAGGCAGGCAUCGACAUCAACAGGCAGACCAAAGCGGGCACUGCCCUGCAUGAAGCUGCCCUCUGCGGCAAAACCGAGGCAGUGAGACUCCUGCUGGACAGUGGCAUCAACGCCGCAGUGAGAAACACCUACAGCCAGACAGCGCUGGACAUCGUCUACCAGUUUACUGCUACACAAGCCAGCAGAGAGAUCAAACAGCUGCUUAGGGAUGCAUCAGCAGCCCUUCAGGUUCGGGCUCUGAAGGAUUACUGCAACAACUACGACCUAACCAGCCUCAACAUCAAAGCAGGAGAUGUCAUUACGGUUUUGGAGCAGCACCCUGACGGACGCUGGAAAGGCUGUAUUCAUGACAACCGAACAGGAAAUGAUCGAGUGGGAUACUUCCCUUCCACCAUGGUGGAGGUCAUCAGCAAGCGCACAGGUUUGGCCAGCACAGUCAUUUGCACUCAACAGUUUCAAAAGAUACCGCUGGUUGCCCCGGCGACGGUUGCCCCUGCCAACGCGGUAGUCAACGGCAACGACACCACGUUCCAUCAGAUCCAUAUCCUGCCUCCACCGCCUCCUCCUCCACCACAUUCCCAUCAGCCACUGCUUCCACUUUUCACUUCCUUUGGCUAUAACAGGUCGCCCGUGACAACUCCACAGGGAGACACACCCACUGCCCCAGGUUGUCGCGGCUCAGAGGCAAGUCCUCACAGCUCUCCCACACCGUCCAGUGGGCCCCAUGGAGGCUCCAAUGAAGAGAUCUGGGUACUGCGCAAGCCUGUGGCAGGUGGAGACCGCAGCAGUGUGGGUAGUUCUGGCAGUGUGACCAGUGUGAGGUCAUCGGGCAGUGGUCAGAGCGCCGGCAGUGCCGGGCACAUCCUACAUGCACAGGCUGAGGGGGUCAAGCUUCUAGCCACAGUCUUGUCCCAGUCUGCCAAAGCUAAGGAGCAUCUACUGGAGCAAUCCAAGUCUGUGGACCAGCCUCCAGGCUCCGCCAGCUCCUCUCGCACAUCGAGCCAAUCAGGCUGUCCACUCCACGAAGCGCCGCCUUACGACGCCACGGUAACCAGGAAGGGGGAGGUGCCAGGCGAGGGGAAGAGCUCAGAGGCCGUUGUCCAAUGGCUGAGCGACUUUCAGCUGCAGGUCUACGCUCCAAACUUCCUGGGCGCUGGGUAUGACUUGCCCACCAUUAGCCGAAUGACCCCGGAGGACCUGACAGCUAUCGGAAUAACUAAACCAGGCCACAGAAAGAAGAUGACAUCUGAGAUUAAUAAGCUAAGUGUCACAGAGUGGCUGCCUGAUCAGAAACCUGCCAAUCUAGGAGAAUGGCUAUCUGCUAUUGGUCUAAGCCAGUACCACCAAGUGUUAGUGCAGAACGGUUAUGAGAACAUCGAAUUCAUCACGGACAUCACUUGGGAGGACCUGCAAGAAAUAGGCAUCACAAAACUGGGCCACCAGAAGAAGCUGAUGCUGGCGGUGAAGCGGCUGGCUGAAAUGCAGCGCAGUUCAGAAGGGCGGGGCUCCCUCAGAAAGAAGCCCCCGCCAAUCACGCAACAGCAGGAAGUCAUAUCCAUGGACAGCCCGCCCCCAGACGAGGUCAUGUCUCCAAAGAUGAGUACCUUCCAGGAUAGCGAGUUAAGCAGCGAGCUACAGAAUGCCAUGAUCCAGCCAGGUCAGGAGGUGAAAGCUCAGCGAACUCGCAGCCUCAGUAAAGACCAUGACGAGGUGAUGACAGGAGGAGGAGGAGGAGGAGGAGGAGGAGGAGGAGGUGGUGGGCCACCUAAGAAGGAGGCGCGGACUAUGAGGCAGCAGAGCAGCCAAGGAAGCACCUCCUCCCACAGGGGCAGUGUAUCUUCUCAAGGCAAACACCGUCACUCCCACUCCCACUCCCAGCCCGCGCCUCCCUACACACCCCCUCACACCCCUACCAAGACCAGGACCUCAUCUUCCUCUUCCACUUCCUCCAUCCAGAGCGCAGCUUCCCCACAGGCCAAACCCAAACCAUCCCCCCAGUUCAUCCAGGGGGACAGACCUCAUUCACCGCGCUCACAACCCCCUCAGUCUCCAACCCACCGUGGAGUUCCGAAUAUGCAGCCUCUGCCCCAACAGCAGCCGCAGCCACAGGCGCAGCAGCCGCAGGCACAGCAGCCGCAGCAGCCGCAGCAGCAGCCGCAGCAGCAGCAGCAGCAGCAACAGCAGCAGCAGCCUCAAGUCCAGCCCCAACACCAGACCCACCCUCAGCAGCACCCACAGACACAGGUCAUGGAGGUCAGGGAGAGCGCACAACCACAAGUACCUCUCCUCUGUCUCCCACCAGAGGCUGAGCUGGCAGAGGGAGAUGGAGCGGAGCCGGCAGCGCUGCAGAAGAAGCGCGCCCGCAGCCUCAACCGAUACGCCGUGUCAGAUGGCGAAUGUGAUGACAGACCAGGAGGGGGCAGAGAAGGAGAAGCGGAGGUUGCAGGAGGUCAGAACUCGGCCAUCAUCAGAGGGGAAGGAGGUAAAUACGCUACAGUCACCCACCGCGUGAGUCGCAGCCACUCCGUACGCAACCAAGAAAAGAACGUCAACCGCAACCAGACGCAGUCCUUUGCCCUGCGCCAGAAGAAAAAAGGCCCGCCCCCGCCACCACCCAAACGCUCCAGCUCUGCCAUCUCCAGCUCCAACUCCAACCUGACAGAUGCAAACGCACAGCCAUUGGCACUCACCACCACUGGCGGGAUGCUGGACGUGCCUUACCACCAACAGCGGCGGGCCAGUGACUUGGGGGUGUCUGUGGAGACAGGUGCUGUGGAGACUAACAGCGUGGGUAGUGUGAGGAGCAUUGCCGCUAUGUUGGAGAUGUCUUCUAUAGGGGGUGGACCAAAAGGGAUGGCGCUCCAGAAGAAUUUCCUGCAGGUGGGGAAAACACGUGAUGCCAUUGGUCUGGACGGCGAAGUGGUGAACCGACGGCGGACUAUCAGCGGGCCGGUCACCGAGCUGGUGGCAGCUGCCAGGCGUGACCAGCCAGCUCCCUCUGCUUUCCCCUCCCCCUCCGCCCAGCCUGAAAACUCCCCUCCACCUGUAACUUCCUCCUCACCCCACCCACCAUCCUCACCACACCCCAGCUCGGGAGGUAGUGGCAGUUCAUCGGAGAAUCUGCCAUUUGCAGAGGAGGGAAGCCUGACCAUCCGCCGGCAGGGUCGAGGAGAAGGACAGUGUGUAUUUUGUGUCUGUCUGCAGGGUGACGGCGAGGGUCCCCAGGGAGACGGUGGCUACACGCAGGAGGACAUCUCCAUGGUGGAAGCCACAGCUACCUUAAAGCGACGACCCCGCAGCUCCAAGGCCCACCCCAACGGCUCCGACUUCACCCUCCAGGAGUCGUCCACUGUCAAACGACGGCCCAAGAGCCGCGACAAGGAGCCAGAGGGCUUUGCAGAACUUGCAGGGGCUAACGGAGAGCCUGUGGGCGGCGGGGUGCCCAACACCACACAGCCAGUCCCCUAUCAGAAUGGCACAGCCACCAUGAAACGCCGCCCGGUGUCUGAUGCUGGAGUGACGGAGCAGCCACAACCCCAACACCAACUCCUACACCAACUCCAACAUCAACCCCAACACCAACUCCAACAUCAACCCCAAAAUCAACCCCAACACCAACCCCAACCCCAACCUCAACACCAACCCCAACACCAACCCCAACACCAACCCCAACACCAACCUCAACAUCAACCCCAACACCAACCCCAAGUGGCUGCUGCCCCUCGCAGGAGCAGUGUGGACCAAGCAGCUCCAGUGGGAGGUGAAGGAGGUCCGGUGAGGAAACCAAAGCCCCCAGUCUCCCCCAAGCCUAUCGUGGCACAGAUAAAGAGACAGGGAGGCCCACAGACCCCCCCACAGGCUAUCUCCAACAAGAGAGUCCCUCUGCCGGGCCCUGGGACGCCUGGCAGCCCAGUGGAAGGAAAGAAGAUCCCUCCACCGGUCUCGCCAAAACCGGUUCCACCACCCACUGCGCCCAAACCGGCCAAGCUCAUCCACUCCAUGACCAGCCCGCCCUCCCCGACCCCUCCUCUGGUCAAGCAGCAUACUGUGGUGACUCGACAGACCAGCUCACCCCCCAACUUCCCCCAGUCCAACACCCCGAGCCCACCGAACCCUAAACCGCCGAGCCCGUCUUCUCAAAGCCCGCACACCCCUCAGACCCCCACCACGCCACAGACGCCCCUGACUCCGCAGACGCCCCAGACUCCCCAGACUCCUGCCACUCCCAGCCCAACCCCUCCGCCUGUCAAGCCUCCUCGUUCCUCCAUCGGGGGCGUGUCAGUGGACAGCGGGAUGACAGGGGGCGGGGUCACGACGCCGACUCCCACGUCGACAGACUUUGCCGUGGAUUCUUUAGUGCAUCAGAAGCUGGAGGAGACAAGCGCAUCGCUGGCUGCAGCUCUGCAGGCCGUGGAGGAUAAGAUAUUGCGGCAUGAAGACUCUGUGGCUGAGCAGAAGACCACAGUCAGCAUCCUCGAUGACAUCGGCAGCAUGUUCGAUGACCUGGCCGACCAACUGGACGCCAUGUUGGAGUAACCAUAGAAACCAGUCAGCGUGUCUCCAUGGCAACGCUGCACCAGGAGUGACUCAGAUGGCACAAUGGGCAAUAUGCCUCUCUCUAUCUAUCUCUCCUUCUCUUCAUCCUUCCUCUCUCUGCCUUGCCCAAUCCACUUCUCACUCUUCCCCCGUCUCCAGCGCCGUCCGUCCGUCUGUCUGUCUGUCCAUCCAUCGCCGCUCUGGAAAACCUUUCUUCUUUUUCUUCUUCUUCUUCUUCCUCUUAUCUUCCUCUCAUCUUCCACUGCUGAUGAUGAACAUAAUGGUGGAGCAGUUCCACAGGCCCGGACGGACAUGCGGCAGAGAGAGCGCAAGAAUGAAAAAUGGACAUAAAGAGAGAGACAUUUAAAGAGAGAUAGAGAGAGCUGUUAAAAAAAAAGAAAGGACCAAAAAUAACUGAUGGAGAGAGAAAAUUAAAACAAACAGACAAAAAAAAAAUCACAAGAUGGAGAGAUGAAGAAAUGCAACAAAAUGGAGGAGACUGCAAUCAAUGUGGGGGUCUUUUAAGAACUCUGCACGGACUCUCGAAGCUGAACAAUUAACAAACUAAACUAAUACUGAUUGAAAAACCAACUGUGUAAUGAAUCAUAGUAUGGUAUGUGUACAUUCUAAGCAUGGAGAGUUUAUAUCUACUGAAAAAGUCCUGCAUUAGCACAGUAAUAUAUAUAAUAUACCGAUAAAUAUGAAUCUCUAGCUCUUUGGUUUGAUGUCUUGGUUCUGUGUGGAAUGGUGACCUCUGGUGUUGUGACGAUGUAAAAAUGACUUGGUGGAAAAUUUUUAUCUGUGACCAAAACGAGACUAUUCAGCUCCUGAGGUGUGUGUGUGUGUGUGUGUGUGUGAAAGACAGAGUGAGUGUGUGACGGGUGUGUGCAUGUAAGCAUCAGGUUGUUAGAAUUACAGGAAUUCAGUUUCCUGUCCCUGGGUGCAGCCUCAUCGUCAUCCUCAACACACACACACACACACACACACACACACACACACACACACACACACACACACACAGGAGAAGCACAAUGACCCAUACAGCCAGGUUGCACACACAUACACAAAUGGGAGUCUGCACAAUAUAC